GUUAGCCCUCUUUUUUUUUUCUUUUCCUCUUUUUGGCUGCAUAGAUCCAGAUCUAAUAUAAAUUGCAAGUGACGACAAGUCUGGUGUUUAGAAGAGCCAAGUUUAAGUUAGUGGGCAGCAAUAGCUAGACUGUAACAAAAGCCUUAUCCCUCCUGCAGUCUCCAGGGAUAUACCUCCUCCAGUCUCCCCUCCUAACUGUUGCCAGAGUGUGAACAGCCACGUGAAGAGCAGGAAGAGAGCGACACUGGAGGGCUAAGUACUGGGAAGGAUGCUCCAUGCUGAUAUGGGAAGGGUGUGGGGGAAGGAGGAGAAUGAAGAGAUUAUUUUAGGCUUGGAUGCAGGAAGGAUCUCUCCUCUCGAUUCUGCUAUUAUUUCUGUUUCUGAAUGUAGCUGUAGCUUCCUAACUUUUCCCUGCAGUAUAAACUAAUCUAUAGCACUCACAGAAGCUACAGCCUUUGAAGUACUGAAAGGAAAGGGAAUGAAAGUUAAGUACUGGAAGGUGGUGGGAACUCUGGCUUAAUUUGAGAGAGACAUCACCCCUGAAUUGUCUUGACUUCAAGUUCAAACUUUGCAUUAUCCAGUAUUCCACCUAUUUCUGGAACUCUGUUGAUUAACUGGCAACAAGUCCAUUUUAGUAUGGCAGUGGAUUGUUCCUUCCUCUUUGCCUUUAGGUGUAGUAGAGAGCCAGGGGCAGGGCUGUGGAGAGGUUAUCUGGUAAGACUGGAGCCCAGAGGAGGUAAGUGCAGCUGUUGGGGCUCAUGGUUGGACGUGGAAGUGUUUGGGCAGUGUAAAAGCAAUGACAAUGUGUUACUGGCAGAGGAACACUGGACUUCAUUGUCUUUGGAGGAGACCUUUCAUUGUCUGGGCUCACAAAACUGCCUGUGGUUUUUUUGUUUUGCUUUCACUAAAGGGAACAAGAAGGGAGAAAAGUCCCAGCAAUUCCAAUUGUAUGCACCUGAGUCAACACAGCCCUUCCUCACCUCCCCGAGAAGAAUGGAGUGGUUGGGUGGAGACUAGAUCUGACAAGACAAUAAUAUAUCAACAGUGAUGGUUAAAAAAUACAUGCUGGCACUCCCUGGAGAGAAACACAAGCCACCCCAGCCACACAUACCUUUUAUUUUCUGGGCCUGAACCCAUCUAAAGGCGCGGGUACAAGCAAGAUGGCUUAUUCUUCUCUGUUGUGUACCAUGAAGUCUGAUGCUUUUGCCCUGUAGCGCGGAUGUUUGUUUUCUCUUGUGAGUUGUACCAUCCUGGCAGGGAAAUGUGUUUGUUUGCUUUGGGUGAUGAUACAAGGCACAGUGACAAAGCAUCAGGCUUCAUUUUGGAGCAGAUAAUUUGUGUGCGUGGCCAUAGGUAUCUUAGGUCCUAGCAAAUGCUCCAGAAACAAUAUGCCACAGGGAUGGAAAUGCCCUGGUGCGUUUACAGGGGAGAUGAAAAUGGGAAAGAGCUUGUGGGGGUGGGGACAUGUUACUCAGUGUCCCGAGAAGGCAGCUGCCUGCAAUCACCAUAUUCACCAUGGUAUCACCUGGAGGUAAUGAGCUCUCUGGGAAAUGCUGGGAGCAAGCUGUGACCUGGCCAGCUUUGUGCCUUACUCCAGGUGAGAAGGAGCCACAGAUCAGGGCUCCUUUUUGAAGACAGAACUUGCAAGGAAGAGGAUGUACUUGUUUUUAAAAUGCAGACAAAGGAAAACUGCACUUUUUUUUGCAGGGUUCACCCUUGAUGUUUUCGGAGAAGCAGCACUGAUCUUCAGAAAUCCCAGCUCCCACGCCCUCCACAGAUCGUACGGAUGCUCACCUCCCCAUAGGCUUGCUGCAGAUUUAAGUCCUAGGACCAGUCUCAUCACGGGGAGGAGAGGAGAACUACUAGAGAAGAGAUUUCAUCUGCGUGCAAGACACACCGUACUUUGCCCAAGGCCAUGGCAAGAUCACUUGAGGAAACGGGACUCCGAGUGCUCAAGUCACAGGCGACAGGACAAGAGGAAAUGGCCUCAAGUUGCGCCAGGGUCUCAGAACAUCAUACAACACCUACGCAUCAGGACCAUGAAUACAUCCAACAACUGCAGUGCCACAGAUCUAGAAGUGUAUCAUCAUGUUCGUCUCAUUGAACUUGUUCUGUAUAACCUCAUUUUCUUUUUUGGAGCAGUAUUUAAUGGCCUUGCCCUCUGGGUUUUCUUCUGCAAGAUAAAGAAGUGGACAGAAACAAAAGUGUAUGUGAUCAAUUUAGUCUUUGCAGACUGCUUCGUCAUCUGCACCUUGCCUUCCAUGUCUUAUUUGCUCUGGAGUAAGUCAAAUCGAAAUGAACUCUGCCAGUUUAUAGAGGCAAUAUAUAUUAUCAACAUGAUAGUGAGCACCUACAUCGUUUCAUUUAUCUCCAUCGAUCGAUAUAUCGCUAUAAAGCAUCCAAUGAAAGCCAGGACCUUCAGGUCUCCAUCAAAGGCUGCCCUUCUCUGUGGGCUUCUGUGGGUCUCUGUGAUAAUCGGUACCACCUUAAGCCUUUGGCAGAGACAUGCUGCUUUCUGCUUUCAGAAGGAUUCCUCCACGCCCACUACUCUGAGCCUGCUUUCCAUUUUCUUCGCUUUUACUCUUCCAUUAGCAAUCUUGACUUUUUGCUCCACAGAAGUAAUCAGGAACCUUAAGAGACAUCUGAACACGAAUUCACCAGAGGAUAAAUCAAUCCAGAAAGCUAUUCACAUUAUCUAUGCAAAUUUGAUUGUAUUUCUAGUAUGUUUUCUGCCAGCCAGCCUUGGGGUACUUGCCAGGUUCAUAAUGGAGAGAGUCGAAGCUACCUGUUUCAUGCUCCAGGUUAUGAAGAACUUCUCCUCUGUGACAAGGUGUAUUGCCACAUCCAACUGCUGCCUGGACAGCAUCUGCUACUACUUUGUGAGCAAGGAGUUCCAUGAAGCCCUUCCACUGCCCAAAUCUAGCCCUGAACAAACAAAUCAAACCCCCCCCUUUCAGACAUACACGUGCUAAAGGAUGGGAGGGAGCCGGGGCGUGGAGAGGGGUGAAAAACACCAAACCCAAAAACCACCACAACAACUCCGUAUCAUCAAGAGAAGCUACAGCUUCAGUGUUAGUGGGAUAACUAUUGCUCUUUCUCUCUAGAGAUAGCUUUGUGUUACUAAGUUAUCUGCAAUUUAUACUCUAUGUUUCUAUUAAACAAAUAAGUUAUUUCACAGAGAUGUGUAAAGUGUGUAUGUAAUCACCGGCCACUAACAUGUCUCCAUUCCACCCUCCAGCACCUAUUCAUUAGUCUUACAGGAAGACUGGUGACCCAUA